AUGGAGUUUAUGACAGCCCUCCAGUCGACCUUCGACGACCAGAAACCUUCCCUUUUCGAAAUCCUCUCCGAGGCCCAACUCUCCGCCCUCCUCCCUCCCUCGCUCCGAUACCUCCUAACCGUUGCAACCCAUCGCCAUCCGCGCUACCUCCUCCGCGUACUAAACUCCUUCGAUGAGAUAUACGCUGUGUUGAUGGUAGUAGUAGAGCGCUACUACCUACGAACCCAUGGCGGCGGGUUCACGGAAAAUUUCUAUGGGCUAAAGCGCGAGAAGGCCCUACGCGGGGGUGAAAUCCCGCGAGCGCAAGUCGGCGCACCAGGACAUGUACGACAGGCACUACAAUUGAGCGAGGGAGACAUAUGGCGGAAUUUAGCAGUCAUGGUGGGACUUCCGUACAUCAAGAGAAAAUUGGACGAGAGCUACGAAAUCAAUACGCCGCGGGCGCUGUUGGGCGGGAAUUAUACCCGCAUGCCUGCAAACCCGACAAUCAAGCAGCGGAUAUUGCAUUAUUAUCGCUGGUUUCUAAGGAAUGUAUAUCCUAGCGUGAAUGCGGCAUAUUAUUUCGCCGUGCUGGCGUUUAACGUCGCGUAUCUAUUUGAUAAUAGUCGGUUUCAUAAUCCCUUCUUCUGGCUGAUCGGGACGCGGAUGAGGAGGCUGGGUCAGGAAGAUUAUAAGGCUAUUGCUGCAUUGCAUGAACCUAAGGGUGCUACUGCUUCCGGUGCGGCUGGAAGCAACUUGGGGGUCAACAGUUUGUUCAGUCCGAGGAGAAUUGGGGAACAGGCUCUAAGCAGUCUAAAGAUUUUGCUUCCGACGAGUAUCUUUGCGCUGAAGUUCUUGGAGUGGUGGCAUGCUUCGGAUUUUGCAAGGCAAUUAUCACGGAAGGCGACGGAGGGUAUUGAAUUACCGCCCCCUAUUGUUUCGGGACUUUCGACCUUAUCAACAAGGUUCGGACCUCAGAAAAAGUCAAGUUCUUCGGAACUAUCACAACCCGAAGACGAGAAGAAAGAAGAAAGGGAAAUACAGAAACCCGCCAUAGCGGCAGUUUCCCUAUUACCUAUAUACACCGUCCCAAUCCCCGAGGAUUCAGAGUUAUGUCCUAUCUGCGAAGGUGAGAUCACCACCACGACAGCGUGUCAGACGGGGUUUGUAUAUUGUUAUACAUGUAUCCAUCGAUGGGUCGAAGGAAACCAUGAUAAACAAGAGGAAUUUAUGAAGGGAAACGGGGGGAAAUGGGAAAGUGGGAAAGGGAGGUGUGCUGUUACUGGGAGGAGGGUGUUAGGUGGGACGGAGGGUUUAAGACGGAUUAUGGUGUGA